AUGCUCGCCCUCCGCCGCCUCCUCCCAGCAACCCGCUCCCUCCACUCAUCCGCAAUCGCUUGGAAGGGCAAGGCUGCCGCCGCCGACGAGGAUGUGGACAUGGACGACCUGUUCGACGACUCUGUCGCCGACCUCCCGUCCUCUGGCGGUGGAGACCGGUCUGCGCGCCGAGCCGAGUUCAUCGGGCGUAUCAUGAACCCUACGCAUGGGCGGGAGGAGCACCGCGCCGGCAACCUGCGCAAGGUUGUGCAGCUCAGCGACAGCCCAGAGCAACUCGAGGAACUCGGGCGCGUGAUUCAACAAUGGCGCGUUAACGGGUACGGGGUUAGCAAGCAGACGUCGGCGGAGAUUGUGGGGCGCUGCAUCAACCUCGGGCGGGCGGACCUCGCCGACAAGUACUACCGGAACCGGGCGGACUACGGGUUGAAGCACGUCUCGGCCCACAUGGCCACGAAGCUCAAGACCAAGCUGGCCGAGGCAAAGGCGUCCCAGGCGUCCGAGGUAUCCGAAGCGUCGGCAUAG